AUGUUUGGUAACUUGCGAUUGCCCGGAGCAAUUGCACUCCGCACAGUUUUCUCUACUGCUAGCAAGUCGGUGGUUCCUCGUGCUGCUAUCAACAGCCGUUGGGCCUCGACUUUCCAAAGAACCAAGCCCCACUUGAACAUUGGUACCAUUGGUCACGUCGAUCACGGUAAGACCACUUUGACCGCUGCUAUUACCAAGGUUUUGGCAUCCAAGGGAGGUGCUAAUUUCCUUGAUUAUGCUUCUAUUGAUAAGGCUCCUGAAGAGAGAGCUCGUGGUAUCACCAUUACCUCAGCUCACGUCGAAUAUGAAACCGAUAACCGUCACUAUGCCCACGUCGACUGUCCUGGUCACGCUGAUUAUAUCAAGAACAUGAUUUCCGGUGCUGCUCGUAUGGACGGUGCUAUUAUUGUAGUUGCUGCUUCGGAUGGACAAAUGCCUCAAACCCGUGAACAUUUGUUGUUGGCUCGUCAAGUCGGUAUUCAACAUGUGGUUGUUUUCGUCAACAAGGUCGAUACUAUUGACGACCCCGAGAUGUUGGAGUUGGUCGAGAUGGAAAUGCGUGAAUUGUUGACUACCUAUGGAUUUGAUGGUGACAACACUCCUGUUGUUAUGGGAUCUGCUUUAUGUGCUCUUGAGGACAAGCGUCCUGAGAUUGGUGUCCAAAAGAUUGAAGAGCUUUUGGACCGUAUUGACGAGUAUAUCCCCACUCCUUCUCGUGAUUUGGACAAUGCUUUCUUGAUGCCUCUUGAGUCUGUUUUCUCGAUCCCUGGUCGUGGUACUGUCGUUACUGGUAGAGUCGAGCGUGGUGUUCUUAGCAAGGGUGAGGAAGUGGAGAUUGUUGGUCACCACAAAGAGGCUAUUACCACUGUUGUUACCGGUAUUGAGAUGUUUAAGAAGGAGCUUGACAAGGCCCAAGCCGGUGAUAACGCUGGACUUUUGUUGCGUGGUGUUAAGCGUGAGGAUCUUAAGCGUGGUAUGGUCAUUGCCAAGGUCGGAACCGUUAAGGCCCACACCAAGUUCUUGUCUUCUAUUUAUGUUUUGACCAAGGAAGAGGGUGGUCGUCACUCUCCUUUCGGUGUUAACUACAGACCUCAAAUGUUUGUUUCGUCUGCUGAUGUCACUGUUACCUUGACCUUCCCUGAGGGAAUUGAACACGACCACCAAGUGUUCCCCGGAGACAACACCGAAAUGAUCGGAGAGCUCGUGCACCCCACUCCUAUCGAGGUCGGCCAGAGAUUCAACAUCCGUGAGGGUGGCCGUACUGUCGGUACUGGUCUCGUCACCCGUAUCAUCGAGUAG